AUGAUUAGGGCAGAGGCGGGCGCUGUGAGCUCCGUGCCCGGCAACCCUGUUCCGUCAGUGAGCGGGUCCCACUGUGAGAGGCGGUGCCGGUUCCUGACAUGCGCAUUGCGACUCCGUGUACCAGCGGCCGCUGCUAGGUGCUGUGUAUCCGCUCUCUCCAGCAACAUGGCGGCCGGCAGCAGUGUGGCCCAGAAGACCUGGGAACUCUCCAAUAACAUGCAGGAGGUGCAGAGCAUCGACGAGAUCUACAAGUAUGAUAAGAAGCAGCAGCAGGAGAUACUGGCCGCCAAGCCCUGGACCAAGGAUCAUCAUUACUUCAAAUAUUGCAAGGUGUCAGCACUGGCAUUGCUGAAGAUGGUCAUGCAUGCCAGGUCAGGAGGAAACCUGGAGGUGAUGGGCCUGAUGCUUGGAAAGGUGGAUGGUGAAACCAUGAUCAUUAUGGACAGUUUUGCUUUGCCAGUUGAAGGAACUGAAACCCGAGUGAAUGCUCAAGCUGCUGCCUAUGAAUAUAUGGCAGCAUAUAUAGAAAAUGCAAAACAGGUUGGACGACUUGAAAAUGCAAUUGGCUGGUACCACAGUCAUCCUGGCUAUGGCUGCUGGCUUUCAGGGAUUGAUGUCAGCACUCAGAUGCUUAAUCAGCAGUUCCAGGAGCCUUUUGUUGCUGUAGUGAUUGAUCCCACCAGGACAAUAUCUGCUGGCAAAGUAAAUCUUGGAGCUUUCAGAACUUAUCCUAAGGGGUACAAACCUCCAGAUGAGGGGCCUUCAGAAUACCAGACAAUUCCUUUGAACAAAAUAGAAGAUUUUGGUGUGCAUUGUAAACAGUAUUAUGCAUUGGAGGUCACAUAUUUCAAAUCUUCUCUUGACCGCAAGUUACUGGAGCUGCUGUGGAAUAAGUACUGGGUGAAUACACUAAGCUCGUCCAGUCUUUUAACUAAUGCUGACUACACAACAGGACAAGUAUUUGACUUGUCUGAAAAGCUAGAGCAAUCUGAAGCCCAGCUUGGCCGUGGAAGUUUUAUGCUUGGCUUAGAAACACAUGAUAGAAAGUCUGAAGACAAACUCGCCAAAGCUACAAGAGACAGCUGCAAGACCACAAUUGAAGCAAUCCAUGGCUUGAUGUCACAAGUGAUUAAGGAUAAACUGUUUAACCAGAUUAACACGUUUUAGACUUUUAACCCUUUAUGUUAUUUCGCUUGUUCUGAUGUUUCAUGUAUUAAUAAGUUGCUUCUUUUAUGCAGAAGCUGUAAAAGUCAUAAGGUAGCACUUCUUUCCUUUUGUCUCAAGAACUGAAAGCAUAUGACAUGUAUUGCAACUUCUCAGCAAUAACUCAAUGUUGUAAAUUUGGUUACUUUCUGGGUGAAUUAAACCUCAGUGAAACUGUUCAA